AUGGCCUUCAGACCAGGGGCCGCUUCAUCCUCCCGCCUAAGGUUCACACCACCAAAUCCAAGGUCCUUCAGCAGUAGCCGCACAACCAGAAGCUCAUGUCCAACCAACGCAUUGCCAUCCGUCAGGCCUGUCCGCACUGUUGCGCAGUUCCUCGAAUGGAAGCCCGAAGCCGAAGCUACUGAUGUCAUAGUCAAUGGCUAUGUCCGCUCUGCAAGGACUAUGAAAGCUGAUGUAUCUGGCCUGAGGGUUGGCGCUGCUGUCCGCCUCCACGGAUCAUGGGUUCCCUCCAAAUACGCCACUGAUCAGAGUCACGAGCUCAAGGUUGAUCGAGUUGACAUUCUCGGUGCUUCCGACUCAUCUACUUAUCCCAUCCAGAAGAAAUACCAGACCCCCGAAUACCUUCGCACAAUUCCUCACUUGCGCUCCCGAACUCCUCUGAAUGCCGCCAUUCUUCGACUGCGGUCAGAUGCUGUAAACGCCUUGACUCGGUUUUUUUCUUCCCGCGAUUUUACACAGACGCACCCGCCCAUUGUGACAUCUUCAGACUGUGAAGGUGGCGGCGAGGUUUUCAAUGUUUCUGUGCAGAACCCGGAAUCAUCGAUCGACGAUACUCCAGGGAAGCAGAGGGGAACAAAGAAUACAACCGACACAUUCUUUCGUGGACCCCGGUACUUGACCGUCUCGACACAGUUGCAUCUGGAAGCCCUCGCCCAGUCCGUCGGCAAUGUCUGGACACUAUCGCCUACUUUUCGAGCCGAGAGAAGUGACACUUCGAGACACAUGAGCGAGUUCUACAUGCUAGAGGCCGAGAUGCCCUUCGUUGACGAGAUGGAUGAUGUCCUGGAGCUAGUGGAGGACAUGUUACGCGAGGUGACGACCGACAUGUAUCGAGCUCGUGCUGCCACCGAGCUACGAGAGAGGCGGGUCUCUAGUAAUGCAUCGCGGACUGCAGAAGAUGACCUAGUGUCUGCAGAUGAAGUUGAGCGCCGUUGGGCCGGCAUGAUGCACAGGUCGUCUGCCAGAUGGCCUCGUAUCCGGUAUGGCGACGCAAUUACUCUCCUUCAAGCCCAAGAGCACCGUUUUGAGCACAAGCCGACAUGGGAGGAUGGUCUGCACUCCGAACAUGAGAAGUACCUCGCGACAACCUUGGGCUCAACAGGCGCAAACGGCAUGUACCAGCCCGUCUUUGUCACUCAUUAUCCCCGGGACAUAAAGGCUUUCUACAUGCGGCCCACAGCGACAUCAGCCCAGACCGCUGGUACGAGGGAUGGUCCCUCCAGCGGAGCAAACGAGCGCGGUGCGACCGUGGACUGUUUCGACCUGCUCGUUCCUGACCUCUGUGAGAUUGCUGGCGGCUCCAUGCGUGAGCACCGCCUGGCUGAUCUCCAGGAGGUUAUGCAAGCUCGGGGGAUGGUCAGGCCGUCCACGACUCCCGGAUUCAAUGGCCUAGAUUGGUAUCUUGACCUUCGACGCUGGGGAUCCUGCCCACACGGCGGCUUCGGCCUGGGCUUUGACAGGUUGCUAAGUUAUCUCGCCGGCGUGCCAAACAUACGGGACGUUGUGGCCUUUCCCCGUUGGCAUGGGCGGUGUGACUGCUGA